AUUUUCCCUUUUGUUUCUCCACAUCCCACUCUCACAACUGGGCUUGGCCUUCUCUUCCAUUUUCUUCCCCUUUUUCCCCCCAUUUUUUGUUCUUUCCUCUGUUAUUAAUUCAUCCCAUAUGAUGCAUUUUUUAUGCUUUUGUUCUUAAUUCACUCUGUUCUUUACACUUUUCAGAUCGUUCUUCUUGUUCUUCGUUGAAUUCUUCUUCAGAACUUCAUUGGGUUGUUUGUAUAACUCAUCUGCUUCGUUUCUCGACGAGUUGAAUGAGACGGUUUUCGAAGUUUUCGUUUGAGCUAUAUUUGAGCUGGAUUAUGUGAAUGGGGAUUCAAACGAUGGGGUCUCAAGGCGGAGGUGAUCCGAAUGGCAAACAAUCGCAAUUGGAGCCAUUGGUUCGACAAAACUCGCUAUAUAGUCUCACUUUGGAUGAGGUCCAAAACCAGUUGGGUGAUCUAGGAAAGCCAUUAAUCAGUAUGAAUCUUGAUGAGCUUCUUAAGAAUGUGUGGACCGCUGAGGCUAACCAAAAUGUCGGUAAGGACAAUGAAGACAAUACUGUUUUGUCGAACCUAACGCCCCAACAACGUCAGGGUAGUCUCACGUUGAAUGGUGCUCUGAGUAAAAAGACGGUUGACGAGGUGUGGAGAGACAUUCAACAAAGCAAAGAUGGUGAGGAGAAGAAGUCUUGUGAACGACAACCUACGUUGGGAGAGAUGACAUUGGAAGAUUUUCUGGUUAAAGCCGGGGUCGUUGCUGAGACGUCACCGAAUAAGAAAGGUGCAGGUCCUGUUGUUGAAGUCGACGCAAACAUCACACCACAGUUCCCCCAACAAGGACAGUGGAUGCAGUUCCCCCAAGUUCAAUAUCAGCCUCAACAAACAGCAAUGAUGGGGGUUUACAUGCCGAGCCAGCCUAUUCCCCAGCCGAUGCACGUCGGGGCUGGCACCGUGAUGGAUGGUCCAUAUGUAGACAAUCAGUUGGCAUUGCCAACGCCAUUGAUCGGAGCGUUAUCUGACACACAGACAUCUGGAAGGAAAAGGGGAGCGUCUGAAGACAUGAUCGAGAAAACUGUCGAGCGUAGACAGAAAAGGAUGAUAAAGAAUCGGGAAUCUGCCGCUCGUUCACGAGCAAGGAAGCAGGCUUAUACCAAUGAACUGGAGAACAAAGUUUCGCGUUUGGAAGAGGAAAACGAAAGGCUCAGGAAACGUAAGGAGCUGGAAAAUUUGCUACCAUCGACCCCCUCGCCCGAGCCGAAGUAUCAGCUUCGAAGAACAUCGUCAGCGCGGUUCUAA